UCUAUGAUCCCGCCGAAAAAGAUUAGCCUCAUAAAGUCCCUGGAGGAAGCAUGACGUAACUGCAGUUCCCCUUAGACUACAUUUCCCAGGAGGCAUUGCUGUGUGAAGGGCGGCCAUUUCGAGCGCCGAAAGAGCGGGUGGUCGCGGUGCAUUGUGGGAACUGUGUCAUUUCCUCUCCUCUUGUCUCUCUCUCUCUCUCUCUUUCUCAGUAGAAGGAAGGCAGGAAUCUUAGUCAGAAGCGGGGCCUCUGCGGUGCCCUUCAUGGCUCGCGGGCGGGAGCGAGUGGUGGCCCUGGCCGACAUGGACUGCUUCUACAUCCAGGUGGAGCAGCGCCUGGAGCCCCGGCUGCGCGGCAAGCCCUGCGCCGUGGCCCAGUACAAGACCUGGAGAGGCGGAGGGAUAAUUGCUGUGAGCUAUGAAGCUCGUGCUUUUGGUGUUACCAGAAACAUGUGGGCUAAUGAUGCCAAGAAACUGUGCCCGGAUCUCCUGUUAGCUCGGGUACCAGAGGCCCAUGGUAAAGCAGAUCUCACCAAGUAUCGAGAAGCUAGUGUGGAGGUGAUGGAAGUGAUGUCACGCUUUGCUGUGAUUGAGCGUGCCAGCAUUGAUGAAGCCUAUAUGGACUUAACUAGUGCUGUGCAGGAAAGGCUUCAGAAGAUGAAGGGACAGCCUAUUGUACCAGAGCAGUUGGCAACUACCUACAUCCAAGGAUUCCCAGACAGCUUUGCAUCAGAAAAGACUAUCGAUAACAAAGAAGAGUGGCGGCAACAUGGUUUGCGCCAGUGGCUUGAGUCACUACCUUUUGAAGAUCCCAGCAGUCCAGAGCUGCAGCUGACAGUAGGUGCUGUCAUUAUGGAAGAAAUGAGAGCAGCUGUGGAAUCUGUCACCGGAUUUAGAUGUUCUGUUGGAAUUUCUCAUAACAAGGUAUUAGCAAAAUUGGCCUGUGGUCUCAACAAACCUAAUCGACAGACUCUGGUGUCACACGGUUCUGUCCCUCAGCUCUUCAGCAAGAUGCCAAUUGGAAAUAUCCGCAACCUUGGAGGGAAGCUGGGUGCUUCUGUCACUGAACUUCUGGGUGUGGAAUAUGUGGGACAGCUGACCCAGUUCAGUGAAUCACAGCUUCAAACACAUUUUGGAGAUAAGACUGGCUCCUGGUUGUAUGACUUGUGCAGAGGGAUUGAACAUGAGCCUGUAAAACCUAGACAGCUGCCAAAAUCCAUUGGCUGCAGCAAGAAUUUCCGUGGAAAAGAAGCUUUGGUUACACAGAAGCAGGUGCAACACUGGUUGCUGCAGCUGGCCUUGGAGCUGGAGGAGAGACUGAACAAGGACAGAGAUCAAAAUAACAGGAUAGCUAAACAACUUAGUAUUGGGAUUCGUGUGCAGGGUUCCAAAUAUGCCAGUGGCCUGUCUCGCUGCUGCGCGUUAUCCCAGUAUGAUGCCCACAAAAUUAGCCGAGAUGCCUUUGCAGUAAUCCAGAACUGCAAUGCAGCAGGAGGCCAGCAGGGUGCAUGGUCUCCACCAAUCACACUUCUCCAGCUCUCUGCAACCAAAUUUGUAAAGGACAUGAUGUCCUCUGUGGGCAUUACUGCUUUCUUGACUAAUGAUAGCCAGUAUAACCAGCCCACUAUCACCAGUGCAACCAGCCCAAAUGCCAAGUCCUCUGGAAGCCCCAAAAAGGAGGCAAAUAAGAAGACCAUGAAUGCUAUUCAGAUGCUGUUUCAAAGGGCAGCAGAAAAGAAACAAGCCCAGGCUGCAGUUGAGUCCUCUCUUCUUGCUAUCACCAAUGAAGAGGCAAUGCAGUCAACUGAAGAACCUGUUGUCUGUGCUGAUGAAGGAUUCAUCUUUGUCAGCAAUCAUAUUCCACAAGAACCAGUGGAGCAAAAUGUCAGCAGUGGCAAACAAAACUAUGUGCCAGAACAGCUCUGCCUAGAGCAGUCUCUGUCCAGCUCUGAAGCAGGGCCUCUGGAGAUGCAUUUGAUUAAUCAUUACAGAACACCUUUAGAAACAGCAAUGCCUGAAGCCUCAUCAGAGCUCCUUGAUCUGUUGAAAGAAGAGAGACUGCAGUCUGCUCCUGGGCUUUCCUGGACAGGAGCUGAUAGCGGGGCUCUUUCCUCUACAGGUGACUGGAUACUAUGUGAGAAAUGUAACCAACAGGUUGCAGUGUGGGAAUUCACUGAACACUCAGACUACCACUUUGCUGUGGAACUGCAGAACUCUUUCUCAGGAUCCAGCUCUUUCGGGCCACACACACCUGUUGGCAGCCCUUCAGAAAAGAUCAAAAGCAAAUCUAGGGCACAUGCAGCUUCUAGUGCCAAACGGCCAAGGCAAGACACAGUCAGGACUUUGGAUUCCUUUUUUAAGCAGUUGCCUCCUUAAAUUAUAGCUCAUUGGAGCAACUGGAAACCUAUUUUAAAGAAUGAAAGUGCAAAUUUCUUAAUAAAGUAUUCUUAAUAAACGUUUCCUAAAAGGAACUGAUGGGGUUGUGGGGAAAAUAAAGUAUUCAUAGUGAAACUCA